CUAAGUGAUUAUUUAAAGGAUUCGGCUAAAGUUGGAUCCCUUCCAUUAGAAUUUGAUAGUAUUUGGGACAAACGUAUUAUUCUUUAGAAAAAACGAGGACGUUCGACCAACUUUGUCCCUUGAUCCAUUCCAUUUCGAAAUGCUUAAUCAACGCAAUGCACCGCCAGACGACGCAAGUAGCCAAAUUAAUAUCCAAAAUCAGAGCCCAGACUUGCCCUAUUAUACCUUAGAUGACUUUUAUACAUCGUUGCUCUCUCAGACGUUUGAAACACAAACGGGUGCCAUCGAUUAUUGCAGGGAUUUAUGUCAAUCUCACGGGUUUACGGUCAAACAAGAACAAAGUAAUCAUAAGAACAUAUAUAUAUACUGCUCACGAGAAGGCCUAUCCGAUUCGCAUCGAAAGCCAAAACCUAAGCCUCAAAGAAACCGCACGUCGAAACGCUGUGGAUGCCGUUGGCGCAUUGUCCUCUUUGAAAACAACGAUAAACGUUGGGAAUUUCGAAAAUCGCAGCACUCAGUUCAUAACCACAGUUUAUUGAAUCCGAAUGAAAUAAAGAAAGAGUGGCCACGCGAAGUGAAUGAAAGAAUAUUUGAACUAAUCCGGCAGGGUUUAGAGACAAGUGUGAUCAGAGAAGAGAUAAAAAAAACGUGGCCCGAGAUCUUUUGGGAUGAUAGACGAUUCUACAAUCGUACACAAGAAGAGCGUUCGAAAGUAAGACAACGCGAAGCUGCGUUAAGAACUGUUCGAUUAACCAAUUUGAGUGCCCAAAUCUGUUCAGCCGCAGCAGGAAACGAAAAACUAUCGGAAUACGUUGAAAGUAAGUUGUUAACUCUACAAGAAACCAUUUCAAAAAUCACCCAAUCGACAAGUGAUACUAUACCUGUACCUAUUUCCAUGCCAUUCACAAAUAAACCCACCUCAAUAAGCGAGCCAUCGUCACCAACAUCCUCAAACUCAUCGCCUUUCGGAACAGCGACGCAUGAAGAUAUUGACAAGCUAUUAAAAAAGGCAGCGAUGAUAACAAACGGUAAUAAACGCGAAGCUGAACGAAGCGCAAGUAAUAGUCCUGCUACAUCUCAUAACAGAUUGGCCAAGGAGGAUAACACUGAUAAUAUAAACGAGCUGCAGCGAUCGAACAUCCCUUUUAAAAAUCUGGCUGUACCAAUUUCUGAUUAUAUUCUGCAAGUUAGACUAUAUAAUAAAGACAUGAACGACCAUAUCAACCGUCUUCUGAAAAAUGCAAAAGACACAACCGAAAAUCGGCUCAGAAGCAAUCCAAACCAGCAACAACAAGAUACUGUACAACAACGUGAGCCACGCAGACGACGGUCAAGGGCUCUAUUUGCUCCGAAUGAAGACAACGAAAAUAUGGAGCUUGACACACCUGCACGUAAACUAUCCAGGCAAGUUGCGCCUACUAUAUUAGAUGACGAAGUUGAUAAUAUGUCAAUCCAUUCAUCACCGUCCGCUCAUCAGCCCUUACUCAUGGGGGGACCGACCAGCAAGCUAGCAAGCACAGCAGAAGUAAGCCGUGAACAACGCGCUAAUUCACUGAUGAGUAGCACUCAGUUCAAUCCUCAGGCGUCGAACCCAGCAUCACGGCAAUCUGCAGCCUCAACAGCGACAGUUGACAAUAAUUUGAUUUACCAUGCUUCUCAGAAUAACAUGGCAAGUAUCCCAACUGAAAUGACCAACACCUACAUGAAGCCAUCAGAAACACCGCAGGCUACUUUUUCUGCGGGGCAGUUAUACUCCAGUAAUCUCACUACGAAUACUUCCAAUCGAACCCAACAACCACUACCGCAACGCUUAUUAUAUAACUCGAACGCUUUAUUCAAUCAACAGCAGCAGCAACAGCAACAGCAACAGCAGCAACAGCAACAGCAACAGCAACAGCAGCAACAGCAACAACAGCAACAACAGCAGCAACAACAAGGUCAAACCAACAACUUGAAGCUUUUGGCUACGCAUCAACCUAUACCAUCCCCAGAUCAUCAAGAAAGGCCUUCUUCCCAUUCCCUGACGUACAAUAACGCGAUGCCUACCGUUGUUAGAGCUUCGUCCAUAUCUGUUCCAAGAGAUGUAGCAGUUAUUGAUCAGCAAAGCAUGAUUCGUCCUAGCGGAUAUCCCUCCACCUUUUCACAACUCCAGAAUAUUAUCGACGAAAAUGACGACAAAGGUACUACACAUAUAGAAACACGUUACAACAACCUUCGGCCGAUGUAACCCCACGGCCUCCUUCACUCACUACUCCCUUCCACUCUUCCCAAAUAAUCCAACAGUUUAUAACACCUCCUCAACAAAUGC